AGAGAAACGGAGCUAUUGGCCUGACGAGUGGUCGGGCGGAGUAAACAAGCACGACCGCGGCAUCCUCUCGGGGCUCUGUGUCGCACCCGCCGGGCCUGGAGUGAAACGGCACGGUGACAUGUCAGCAGACUCCGGAGACAACCGGAAGGCGAAGCUCGUCAAAAGUGACUCCCUCUCAUCCACACCAGUAGAGGCAGUUAGAGGCGGGCUGAGCGACGAACGAUCGUGACAGCGCUCGAAAAGUCCGCAAAUGUCCCUUUCCUAACCAUUGUUCCUUCACCCCGAUGGAAAACGCCGCGGGGCGAAGGACAACCCGCAAGGAGGAGAUGAGCUGGUGUAUGCUGGAGGAGACCUUCCACAGCUGCUGUCAGCUCCUCCUGCAGCAGUCAGAGCAGCUGAAAGACGGCUGGAGCUGGGAGUCAGUCCAGGAUUCACAGGAGGGCUUCUUGAGGAAGACUGCUCUCAGGUCACUCGUCAUUAAUUCCAGCCCAGUGUGGGACCAAGUCGGAUCCAUCUCGGACUCAAGGUCACACACUUCCUGUCACUCCUGGCUUAAUCAACCGCAACAGGAAAAAGAACAGUCUUUACCUGUUGCCUCAAAUGAUGCUGACAGCAUUACAGUUGACAUAGUUGAUGAUGAUGAUGAAGAUGAUGGGGUCUGUAUGGUGUCUGAAGACAGCAGCCAGGUGCUGAAGUACGAGUAUCACAUCCUGUACUCCUGCAGUUACAGUACGCCUGUGCUCUACUUCAGAGCCUUCACUCUGGAGGGGAGGAGCCUGUCAUUAGAGGAGGUGUGGAGCUCCAUUCAUCCAAACUUCAGACUUCGACUUCAGGACAGUCCUCUCCAUACAAUCAGUCAACAGGAGCAUCCCCUGCUGGGUCAGCCUUUCUUCAUGCUCCACCCCUGCAGAACUGAGGAGUUCAUGAGGCCUGUAAUGCAGGCAGCUCAGGACCAACACAGGCCAGUGAACUACGUAUUGACAUGGCUCAGUGUGGUGGCUCCUCUGGUGGGUCUGGAUGUCCCCCUGAAGUACUUCAUCCAGCUCCACCCUGAAGUCUUAAUCAGAAACACAGAGCCAAACUGAUGCUGACGGCACUCUGCCCCUGUCUCUCGUCGUGGAGUCUUUGCAUGGAUUCUUGAUUAUCAACCAGGCAAGCAUGGCAACUGCCCUGGUGCCCCAGACAUUCAGGGGUCCGAAGAUCCUAAGUUGUCAGAGUGGCAAUAACUUUGUUUCAAUUUCCAAUUUCCUUCUGCAUUUUACCUGAUAUUAGACUGUUUAAGAAGGUCCCUGUGUCAUACUGCGUAUGUGGUGCAUAUUCUGUGGUGCAUCUGAUACAUUGCAAUAUCCUUAGGAAAUAAUCUGUUCAUAAUGGUAUACAAAUUGCUACUUUUAAUAAAAAUUCCUUCAUGUA